AUGGCAUCUCUCUUCAACACCACCAGCAACAUCUCCCUGUACACCGUCCCCUUUGCCUGGGCACUCUGCCUCGCUCCCCGUGUCUAUGCGACUCAACUCUAUGAGAAAGCAUCUUCUCGACAAUUUGACAACCGAGAACCACGAUCCUUCACGAAGAUGGUAAUGGAAAAUCAGAGCAUUGACUCGGCCACCAAAGGUCGCAUCAUUCGUGCUGAGAGUGCCCAGCAGAAUGGCUUCGAGAACAUCGGCUUCUUUGCUACCGCUGUUGUUGCUGGAAACCUGGCGCGUCUUGAUACUACCUGGCUGAACACAUUGAGCGUCGGCUAUGUCAUCAGCAGGAUUCUAUACAAUCUGAUCUAUCUCAACAAUACCACUGCAGGCCUUGCGACGACGAGAACUGUGACCUACAUUAGCGGAAUCGGAAUGAUUUGGACAAUUUUCAUCAUGGCAGGGAACAAGCUACGCUCUUCGCCUUGGGAGAUAUGA